UGCCGGCAAAGUCUUGUGAUGAGUGAGUAGAUGAAUCAAUAAUUUAUUUUUGUACAAACUUAAAACAAUCUUAUAUUGGCUUUAUUUUGCAUCAAAGACAAGACAACUAUAAGCAAGUAGUGUAUAAUUUAUAUAAUCUAAAUGAAUUCUAAUUAUAUUUUUAUACAAUGAAAAUAAAAUGUACUUCAAAUAAAAGGCCUUGGACAAACUAUUCUAAAAAAUGAAAUGAAGAGUCCAAAGUUGCGUAUGUCCUUACACUUCUUUCGGUCCGUGCCCGCGAAUGGGGAAUUGCCGUAUGGAGAUCGCAGGCUCCCUGUUGUGCUACCUUCACGGAUUUCAGUCACGAGAUGGCCAAAUUAUUUGAUCGCUCAGCUCAGGGAGACAAAGCGGCGGCCCAGUUAUCCUGUCUGACUCAGGGGAGGAGCUCUGUCACGGAUUACGCCAUCCAGUUCCAGACUUUAGCGGCGGCGUGUGGCUGGAAUGAGAGCGAGCUGCGCGCCCGCUUUCUUGAGGGGUUGGAUUUCGCCAUUUCUGAUGAACUUGCGGCCAUAGAGCUCCCGCGGGAAUUGGAUAAUCUCGUUAAUCUCGCGCUCCGUAUUGAGGGCCGUCUCAGCCGCCGCCGCAAACAAUGGCAAACUCCCGCUCCGUGGCGCCACCUAGAGUCCUCUUCAGCCAGUUCAGCCGGCCGACAGCCCUCGGAGGAGGAGCCCAUGCAGUUGGGUUGUUUACGGCUUACACCACAACAGAAGCAGGAGUGUCUGUCGUCGGGGGCGUGUCUAUACUGUGGCAGGGGAGGCCACUUCGACCCUCACUGUCCGUUAAAAAGCCAGGGUCCACCAGUGAGGCGGAGAGUCCUGGUGGGCAUGGUUCUUAGUUCAAGCUCUCCUGCAGCACAGACUCAGCUGCCGUUCCAACUCUCUUUCCAGAGUCGAUCUCACGCUGGAAUCGCCCUUGUGGAUUCAGGUGCUGAGGGGAACUUCCUCGAUGCUGCUUCUGCUCAACGUUGGAGAAUACCGCUUAUUCCUUUGGGUAGCCCCGUAUCAGCAUGGUCAUUAGCUGGCCGUCCCCUUACCACCAUCACUCAUAACACCCCCAAGAUAAACCUUCAUAUUGCUGACAGCCAUAACGAGCUGAUUGAACUAUUUAUUAUUGAUUCCCCUAAGGCUCCUUUAAUUCUGGGACACCCGUGGUUACAUAAACACAAUCCACAACAUUGACUGGGUCAGCAAUUCAGUUUUAGCCUGGAGUCAGUCUUGUCACGUGUCGUGUUUGGGUGCUGUUUUUCCUCCUGUCUCUGUGUCUUGUGUUCCUCAGGAGGAUCCCUCUGACCUGUCCGGUGUUCCUGCGGAGUACCAUGAUCUUCGGGCGGUCUUCAGUAAGGCCCAGGCCACCUCGCUACCCCCGCAUCGCUCCUACGACUGUGCCAUUGAUCUUCUCCCGGGCUCUUCUCCGCCUAAGGGUCGUUUAUAUUCCCUUUCGGGUCCUGAGAGAGAGGCCAUGGACAAGUAUAUACAUGGUGCGUGAGCAAUACCUCACCACCACAGAUGAGUCUGGGUCCCUGGCUCCAGUCACGGAGUACCUCUACAUGAUCGGCAUCUAUGGCUGGAGGAAACGCUGCCUCUACAUGUUCGUUCUGCUUCUCCUCAUCAUUCUGGUGGUGAACUUUGCCCUCACGAUCUGGAUCCUGCGAGUUAUGUGGUUCAAUACGGAAGGCAUGGGAUACCUGCAGGUCAAUGCAGAUGGACUGAGACUGGAGGGAGAAUCAGACUUUCUGUUCCCUCUCUACGCCCAGGAAAUUGACUCCAGGGAGGAUUCAGCUCUUCUGGUGCACUCCUCUGAAAAUGUUACGCUCAAUGCUCGCAAUGCCAAUGGUGAUGUAACAGGAAGUGUGUCCGUAGGUCCCAGUCAGGCCGAGGGUUUUGGCCAACACUUCAAUAUCAGUUCAAACCAUGAUGAAAAUUUGUUUUAUGCUGAUGCAAAUGGAGCUGUCGUGGGUAAAGGAAAGCUCCGCGUAACAGGUCCAGAAGGUGCUUUCUUUGAGCAUUCUGUUAGGACUCCUCUGGUAAAAGCUGUACUUAACAAAGAGCUAAGACUGGAGUCUCCGACACGCUCUCUCAGCAUGAAUGCCCCCAAAGGCGUUCACGUCAAAGCUUUGGCUGGAAAUGUUGACGUGACAGCACACUUUGAUAUUCAGCUACACUCAACUGCAGGACUGUUGAUUCUAGACGCUGAAAGCGUUCGUCUGCCGACAUUACCUGUGGGAGAAGCCAGAACUUCCGGCACCUCUCAGAAUAUGUACAACUUAUAUGAAGUGUGCGUUUGUCCCAGCGGUAAGUUCUUCAUCUCCAGAGCUGGCGUCUCUUCGACCUGCGGCGAGAACCAGGACUGCUGAAUGACCUUCUGCCCAUAAUACCCACACUAGAAACUAAUCGUUUUGUUACAUUGUCUCUGGGCAUAUAUGGAACAAAUUAUUAUAUUUUAUUUUUUCCUUUUUUUGUAUACAAAUUGUUCAAAAUUAGGCUGGGCAAUAAAGGCGCUGGUAAACAGCUGACAUCCUAUGCAAUAUAAUUUUGAGGUGCAAUAAAUAACCAGAUUCUGUGUGUUGCAUAUCAGCUAGUUAAUGUUUAAAGAUGCACUCAUAGCGAAAUUGAUUAUUACAUGUAAAGCUUACUGAGAUGGACGUGCCUUGAUCACCGAGGGUUAUGAUAUACACCUUUUAAAGGGUUAGUUCACCCAAUAAUUCGUCCAUCUUCUACAAACCCUUGAAGCAUCCUAGGUGUAUGUGACUUUCUUCUUUCAGAAUAAUCCAAUCGGCGUUAUAUUAAGUAUCAUCCUUGCUCUUCCAAGCCUUUCAAUGGGGAAAGUGGGUGUUUGUUGUUAAAAGUUAAGAAGACAUUAAAUAAAGUGCGUGAAUCUGGGGAUGAAUAAAGGCCCCCUGUAGCGAAACCAUGCGUUAAGAUGAAUAUCCAGAUUUCAAAAGCAAUAAACACUUUGUUUCUCACUUCUGCUGACUGUGGGGAACUGGAAGGAAGACAUGCAGGCGGAUGUUGUAGUUCGUCAGCAUUGCGUGGUUAGUGAUGAGUGCGGAGAGAGAACAAAACAAAAUGCUGGUCACGAAUUAGAAGCACAAAGUGAGGAUUUGUAAAGACAAACAUUAUAGGAUUUCAAAAUAAACCGAGAGGAGACAGGCUUUCCUUUGCUAAAGUAAGGAAAAAUGCGUGCGUGUGUGCGAUGCAUGCAUCUUACAUCUUCUGUCUGAAUGUCUUCCGCAUCCCACAGUCAGCAGAUGUUAGAAAAAAAGUAUUGUGUUUGAAAUCUGGUUAUUUAUCUUACAAAAAUGCAUGGAUUCUCUACAGGGGGCCUUUAUUCACCCCCGGAGCCGUUUGAGGGACGUUUUAUUACAGAUGCGCGCACUUUAUUUCACGUCUUCUGAACUAUUGAAAACAAACACCCGGUUACUCUAAUUGAAAGGCUUGGAAGAGCAAGGACAAUAUUUAAUAUAAAGCCGAUUGGAUUAUUUUGAAAGAAAAAAGUCACAUACACCUAGGAUGCUUGAGGGUGAGUAGAAGAUGGACAAAUUUUUAUUCUUGGGUGAACGAAGCCUUUAAGUCGGUUUGAUUACAUCUUUUUUUUUUUAUAAGUUAAGUAUAUUAACGAAUUUGUCAGAAGAACUACACAACACACAACCCUGAAACAGUGGCAUUAAAUUAUUUUUUGAAGCAUUCUAAUAUAAUAAAAUCCAAUAGUCUCCAUUCAAUCUUGAAUAACUUUGUUUUUGGUUAAAAACCUAAUUAGGAAAAUCUGUCAGACAACAAAUCUACUGUCAUUUUUGUUAAUCAAAUGGCAAAUGUGUUAGUGGCAAAAUAGCUGGUGUAUUGCUAGUAACUGCAUUCUGUUAGUGAAAAUCAAUGUAAUUGAUCUAUUAAAACUGCUGUAAGAUAUAAAUUAUUCUUGCAUUUUGAACUUUAUACACAAUGGUUUGAUAUCCCCAACCCCUCCCAGAACUGUUUUGCAUAUGAUCUGUUUGAAAAUGCUAAGAGUUAUUAUUUCUUCAUAUUUACACAUCUGUUGUAUACUAUAUAUUGAUGUGUAUUUAUUUUUAUUUUUUUUUUGUAUGGGGGAAAAAUUAUUGAAAUGUAAAAGUUUACAUAUUUUAAGUUAAUAAUUGCAGUAGUACUGAAUUUUAAUUAUGUUAUAAUUUAAUCAAGCAUCCAGUGUUUCAAUGUUCAUGAGUUGACAUGGUCAAAAAAAAAAAAUAAUAAAAAUGGGAA